AUGGCCUCCUCAACUCAAUCAGAUACUAUCGAGUUGCAGCAGCUGCCAGCUCCCAAUCCAAAGUCGGAGCCCAUACGGGACGCCAACGAUGCCGCCUCCACCUCUCAGGGUUCCAGCUCUCCGCCAGACACGGCGGUGCCCGUAGUCGAGAAAUGGAAUAGCAACCGGACAAACACCUACCGCCUGCUUGCAACAUUCUGGGGCUUUCUGGUUAUGGGCGGCAACGAUGCUGCAUACGGCGCCAUUAUCCCAUAUCUCGAAAAGUACUACGGCCUCAACUACACGGUCGUCUCACUCGUCUUCUUCUCCCCACUGGGUGGCUAUGCAGCCGCGGCACUACUCAACAACUGGAUCCACAACCGCUUCGGCCAGCGCGGCGUAGCCUUCCUGGGGCCCUUCUGCCACCUGACGGCAUACGUCGGCAUCGCAGCGCACCCGCCGUACCCGGCGCUGAUCGUCUUCUUCCUGUUCGCGGGCUUCGCCAACGGCAUCGAGGACGCGGCGUGGAACGCGUGGAUCGGCAAGCUGGCCAACCCGAACGAGCUGCUGGGCCUGCUGCACGGCAUCUACGGCGUCGGCGCCGUGCUGUCGCCGCUCAUCGCCACCAGCCUGAUCACCAAGGCCGGCUGGGGCUGGUGGGGCUUCUACUACCUGAUGAUUGGCGCCGCCGCCAUCGAGCUGGUUACGUCGUUGGCGGCUUUCUGGGGCGCGACGGCCCACCACUUCAAGGCUUCCUCCAGCAGCGCUCCUUCCGCGGAUGGCGAGACCGCCAACGAGAACAACAGCGGCAGCAACAGCGGCAAGCUCCUCAAAGAAGCCCUCCGCUCGCGCGUCAGCUGGGUCGCCGCCAUCUUCCUGCUAGGCUACGUAGGCGUCGAAGUCGCGCUGGGCGGCUGGAUCGUCGUCUUCAUGACGCGGCAGCGCGACGGCGGCGACUUCGAGUCGGGCAUGGUAGCUACCGGCUUCUGGAUCGGCAUCACGGUCGGGCGCGUCGUGCUGGGCUUCGUGACGCCGCGCAUCGGCGAGAAGUUGGCCGUCGCCAUCUACGUGCCCGCCGCCAUCGGCUUCCAGCUGCUCUUCUGGCUCGUCCCGCAGUUCGUCGUGUCCGCCGUCGCCGUCGCCAUCGAGGGCUUCUUCCUCGGCCCGCUGUUCCCGGCUGUGGUGGUGGCGACGACGAAGCUGUUGCCGGCCCAUCUGCAUGUAUCGGCUAUUGGGUUUGCGGCCGCGUUUGGGGGCAGCGGCGCGGCGAUUUUUCCUUUCGCGGUGGGCGUGUUGGCGCAGGCGAAGGGCGUGCAGGUGCUGCAGCCCGUCAUCGUCGCGUUGUUGGCCGCCCUGCUGACUAUCUGGGCUAUGAUGCCGCGCAUGAAGAAGGCGGGCAGCAAGGCUGGGGAUGAGGAUGUUGCUGAGCGUGGCGAGAGUUCGGCUCUGCCCAAGUCGGCGUCGCUGUGGAAGAACGUCAGCUCGUACGCCGCCCGCUCGCGGAAGGCGUGCGCCACGCUGUUGAAAGUGAGGUAA